CCGAGUCUGGCGAGCCGACGGCUGGCGAACCUGCGCGAAUGUGCGCGAAGGCACGUUACGCAUUACGGAGCAACAUCGCGUGAACGAGCCGCGUAACGUACGUUUCGUAUACGCGCGCGAUUCCAUAAAUACUUUCGGUGACCAUGACGGAACCUCAGUCGAAGAAAACGAAGAUGAUGAGUUCGUUGAGCCAGCUGAAGGACCUCACCACGGUGGUCGCCGACACCGGCGACUUUCAAGCUAUGGAGCAAUUCAAGCCCACGGACGCAACCACGAAUCCCUCGCUUAUCCUCGCCGCCGCCAACCAAAAAAAAUACGCUCAUCUGAUGGAGAAGGCUGCCGAGUGCGGCAAAAAGUCCGGAUCCACUUUGGCCGAGCAGGUCGAAGCGGCACUCGACAUCACGUGUGUCCUGUUCGGCAAAGAGAUCCUGAACAUUAUUCCCGGAAGAGUCUCCACGGAAGUGGACGCUAGAUUGUCCUUCAACAAGGAAGCCAGCAUCGAGAAGGCAAAGAGAUUGGUCGCCUUGUACGAAGGGCUCGGAAUCAGCAAGGAACGUGUUCUCAUCAAGCUUGCGUCGACCUGGGAAGGCAUCCAGGCGGCAAAGGAAUUGGAGGAGAAAUAUGGCAUUCACUGUAAUCUAACGUUGUUAUUCUCCUUCGCGCAAGCUGUUGCUUGCGCAGAGGCCGGAGUCACCCUCAUCUCGCCGUUUGUUGGUAGAAUUCUCGACUGGUAUGUGGCGAAUACGGAUAAGAAAUCUUACGAAGGAAAAGAAGACCCGGGCGUCAUCUCGGUAACGAAAAUUUACAAUUAUUACAAGAAGUUCGGCUAUAAGACGGUCGUGAUGGGCGCUUCAUUUAGAAAUGUCGGCGAAAUUAAAGAACUCGCCGGAUGCGACUUGCUCACCAUAAGCCCCAAAUUAUUGGAGGAAUUGGAGAAGAGCAACGAGGCCGUCGGCAAGGUUCUCAGCAUGGAAUCGGCGAAGAAGUGCGAUCUUCAGAAGAUCAGCUUGGACGAGGCUGAAUUUAGAUGGCUGAUGAACGAGGACCAAAUGGCCACCGAUAAAUUGUGCGAAGGCAUUCGCAAGUUUGCCGUGGACGUUCGCAAGCUCGAGAAAUUAAUGCAAGACAAAAUUCAGGGUUAAAACGAACAAUGGAAGGACACCUGGAGACCUGGUUUUAUUGCGCGAAGCAAUCUAAUAAUUUAUGAGGGCGUAAUAUCGAAUGUACAAAAACAUUCCUAUUGUUCAUUUUUGUAAAAUAAUUAAUUUCUAGCUGUGUACAAAACGGAACAGUGGAAUAACAAAGAUAUAUUUUUAGAGAUAUAUUGUUAGAUGCAAAUAUAUAUAAAUUCCGAAGGAA